GAAAUUUAUACCGAAUCCACAAUACUUUAAAACCAUGGCAAGAACGACGGUGGCGACCGGCCAGCCGCACUUCUGCGCUACCUGCGGCAAGUUUGGCGCGUCCUUCUCCAUCUCGCGCUCGGGACUCCUCUACUUCUGCUCCAAGGAAUGCAUGAGACGCCGCCACCCGGGGCGUAACAGCUCAACCACGAUGGGCGGGCUCAACCCGAUCUGCGAAAUUGAAUCCACACCAAUGCCACAACCCACUACAUCAUCCUGCACAUUGUGCUCACUCGGCGGCGGCACCCGACUCGACACGAGUACAACCGCCGCCGCGGACGACGCAUGCAUCGUGUCGACCUGUCCAUGCGGCAACCUCGUGGGAUUCUGGGUCUAAAGCACAUCACUUCGAUACGGACUAGUUCUAUUAAAUUACAAGUAUAAUUUAUGACCAUAGACUAUGGGGUCGAUGGAAUCACAGCUUCGUGUUGGAGUUGCCGCAAGAUCGAGUCGAUGGCCGAGUUGAGGAACGGCGGCAAGUCGUCGUCGUCGUCGUCGUCGUC